AUGGCGGCGCUCAGGUUGGAAGUGGCAUGUCGGCUUGUAUGGGGUCAAAGAGUACGAGGAGUGUGGAAGCUGACUGAAGCGACGGAGAGACAUUAUCACAGAUGUCUAGGUUCAUUCCAUUUCCACAGGGCUUUUGCCCCAGGGACGCGCCAGUUUCUGGCCUUAAAUGUUCGCUGCCAGAGUACAGUGACUGCAGUUGCCAAUCAGGUUCCAAGUGCUCCACCUUUCCCAGAGGCACCAUUAUCACUUUCCGCUUCUAUCCCUGAGGAUGUGCUGCCUCCCCCGGUCUCAGAAUUUGCCCCCACAGUUGUAGAGACAAUUGGUCAGGUUGAACAGAGUUUGACUGAAUUAGGACUUGGAGGUUACAGUCCAGUUGGCCUUGUACAAAACUUCCUAGCAUUUUUACAUAUGGAUAUUGGUGUCCCCUGGUGGGGAGCUAUUGUGACAGGAACAAUACUUGCACGAAUUAUGAUUUUUCCACUAAUAGUCAAAGGCCAGAAAGAAGCUGCCAAACUUAAUAAUCAUAUGCCCCAUAUGAACAAAUUGACAACUCGGAUGAAUGAAGCCAAGCAUUCGGGGAAUAAAUUUGAAAUGUCCAAGGCAUAUUCAGACCUUACAUUAUAUCAGAAGAAACAUGACAUCAAUCCGCUCCGUGGCUUUCUGGUGCCCCUUGUGCAGGCUCCAGUGUUUAUCUCAUUCUUUGUGGCACUGAGACAGAUGGCUUACCUUCCAGUGCCCAGCAUGCAAACUGGUGGCCUUUGGUGGUUUACAGACUUGUCUAUCGCUGACCCUUACUAUGUACUGCCACUGGUUGUGACAUGCAGCAUGUGGGCUGUUCUAGAGCUGGGAGCAGAGACUGGUGUAAAUAAUCCCAACCUCAGGAUCAUGAAGACUGUUUUCCGUAUAAUGCCGCUGAUAGUUUUGCCUCUGACCAUUAAUUUCCCUACAGCCGUGUUCACAUAUUGGGUGACUUCAAACUUCUGCUCAAUAGCCCAAGUGGCUUUUUUGAGGAUACCAGCUGUUCGUAAAAAACUGAAAAUCCCAGAACAUGUCAAGCAUGAUGGAUCAGUACUACCAAACCAGGAGGGCUUCUUCAAGAGUUUGCAAUCUGGUUGGGAAAAUGCAAAACAAGCUCAGCAGUUGGAGGAGAGAGAGCACAGAAUGAAACACCACCUGGAAAUAGCAGCAAAAGGUCCUUUGAGACAGACAUUUUCCCAGAAUCCAUUGCAUCAGAGAGAGAAAACACCAAGUUCUCCAAAGAAACCAACAGACAAACCUUGGCAGGACACCAUUGGAUAG